AGGCGUUGGCGCCAGGGUGGGAUUUUUUGCUCCGUCGGAUUUUGUAUCCGGUUCACGUUAUUCCUCGCUACCUACCUACCUACCUACCUAUCCAUCUUUGCCCCCUUUGCCAUCACUUCACCGUCGUGGGAGGAUGAAUAGUGAAUGUCUACUUGACGAGAAGAAACCAAUGCGUAUAUAGAUGGUCCUAUCAUGACUGCGUAUAUUGUGAAAUUAAAUUUGAGACCCGUUCUCUUAUUGAUGAUGCCCUGUUUUUCCAGAUGCCUGGCGUUUCCGUUUGAAGUCUGUUUUGAAGCCGUUCCGUCCAUUUUGGACUUGGUCUCGGUUUGUUUAUAUUAUUCGUUGUUUCAUACCCCCUUAUUACCCCAUCCUAUAAGGAGGUGUCUUCAAUCACCAAUUGAUGAGACUUUUGGCAAAUACUAUCCCAUGUUCAUCGUAGAUAUAAGUCACCUGUUUCCUGGGUUUCCGGCCAUGGUUCACGGCUGGGAAAUACACCAACCCACUGGUGACGUGUGACUCGUUACUUGCCGAUAUCUCCCUGUCCGUUUUACCACUUCGUGGUAUAGCAGUCAGGGAACUGGUGACCCGGGAGUUCACGUCAAAG